GCAAAGGAGAUAUUGCAGAGAAUCUAAACCAAAGUGGGUAAAAGUGUUAAGGAAAUUCCAAAAUCACCCACCACUGACCGAAUACGAUGCUGUUCUUUCCAACAACAACAAGACCCUUGAGCUUCAGAAGCUCGUUCCAUUUUCCGCAUCAAUUUUGCAGCAAAACGAUUAUGUCUACAACAACAACAGCUACAAUGCAUUCCUCUGUUUCUCCUUCAAGUGAAUCCCACAAAGUAAGCAGCAGUGGAGAAGCUGCCAUUAGCGUUGAAGAAUGGCAGGGGUGGGGUACCACAUCUCCUAUACCCUCUAUGGUUACUCAGGUAGUUGAUGACUUGAAGCUUUUGCAGAAAGAUAGUGAUGCAGAUAUGAUUUUUGGUGGCAAUCACGGCAAACUCUCGGGUGACUUCAAGGUGCAAGAGGAUAAAAAGCAUAGAGCAACAUAUCAGUCUUUAGGUGAUUCAGAAACGAAACUCCAGUUCUUUUCAGCUCGACAAAUUGCAUGUCGUGUGCUUGGAAGUAGGGGUUACCUUUGUCAGAAGUGCUGGCUUCCCUCGGAAGAUUGUAUGUGCUCAAAACUUAUUUCAUGUCCUCUUUGGCAUCGAGUACGGUUUUGGUUGUAUAUGCAUCCAAAGGAUUUCUUGCGACAAAAUAACACAGGGAAGUUGUUGUGGCAAGUGUUUGGCAUUCAAGCUGCUACUUUGUGCCUCUAUGGAAUAGCUGAACAUGAGGAAAUGAUGUGGGAUGCAUUGAAGCUUGCAGGAAAAGAUAAGGUUUGGUGCCUUUAUCCCAACAAGAAUGCACCAGCGAAGUCUGUCAAGGAUAGCAUGGCCAAGCUUUCUUUUUCACAUGUAGAAUGCCCUCCUGAAACUACAGAUGGAGGCCAUUCCUUGAAUUUUAUUCUAAUUGAUGGGACCUGGAGCAAUUCGGGUGCAAUGUUCAGCCGUUUGAAGGACCGGUACGAGUUAAUGUGGGGUGAUGAGCUUCCUUGCAUAACGCUGAACACAGGAGCAUCCUUGAUGCAUAAACUCAGACCGCAACCAUCAUGGGAUCGUACAUGUACAGCAGCAGCAGCAAUAGGCCUCCUCGAUGAGCUGCAUGACCUUCCAAAUUUUGUUUCCUAUGGAUUGGAUAAACAGGCUAAAGCAAUUGAAGAUGCAGUGGAGGUUUUGUUAGAAGCACUUACAGCUCGACGGCUUCGCAUGGGUAGGUCCAUCACCCGUAAACAAAGACACAAUCGCGACAUCCUUUAAGAAUAGCAGCAGAGUUGUUUUUCACCUUUCUGGCAGAUUGACAUCAGCAAUUCUGAAGAUGCUAUGCCACAUAUACAGAGUAGACGGUCAAUAGGACUAACAUGUUCUCAUAGGGAAAGAAUAACCAGUUUGAGCUCAGAAGAUCCAGAUCAUUUUGGACAGUUUUGAUUUUCCCGGUUCUUAUACAAUCUUUUUGUCACGAACUGUCAUGACACUGUCUCCGUAUAGGUAUGCUGUUCUCCAUGUUAGUAAGGACAGUCUUUGAGUUGCAAAAGAAAAUGUCAUGAAACUGCUGGUGGUAGUCAUAUAGAAUAGACAUAAGAGGAACAACAGUUGGUUCUUGAGUAAUGAGCAUACUAGGAAUCCUCUGUUUUUGCUUUUGUUUUCUUGGUUAUACUUUAAAACCCUUUCAUUAACAAGUUUUUGGUUUCAAA